AUGGAGAUCAGAAAAUUAAUAGAUUUACUCCGGGCCACUAUAGACCCAAAUCAACGACAGCAAGCCGAAGUUCAAUUAGACCAGAUCCACAAAAUAAUCGGCUUCGCUCCUUCUCUUCUCCAAGUCAUCAUGAUGUCAGACUGUGAUAUGCCUGUUCGACAAGCCGGCGCCAUUUACCUCAAGAACCUCAUCUCGACAAACUGGCAGGAUAGGGAGGCGGAAACGGGCCAACCGAUACCUUUCGCCCUACACGAACAGGACAGAGCCUUGAUCAGGGACAGCAUCGUGGACGCUGUCGUGCACGCACCCGAAUUGAUAAGGACCCAAUUGUGCACGUGCGUCAAUCACAUGGUCAAACACGAUUUUCCUGGAAGGUGGACGCAGAUCGUCGAUAAGAUUAGUGUAUACCUAUCAAAUCCGGAUCCCAAUGGCUGGCAUGGAGCCUUUCUUUGCCUGUAUCAACUAGUAAAAAACUUUGAAUACAAGAAAGCUGAAGAGCGCGGUCCAUUACACGAAGCCAUGAAUCUUUUGUUGCCGCAAUUGUACCAGCUUGAAGUUAGAUUGCUGCCGGAUCCUUCGGAGCAGUCGGUGCUCCUUCAAAAGGAGGGACUCAAAGUCUAUUUUGCUCUUACUCAAUACAUUCUACCAUUGGAUUUGAUCAGCAGGGACGCAUUCGCUCAGUGGAUGGAAGUUUGCAGACAGGUGGUAGAACGUCCCGUACCACCAGCAGCAUUACAGCCUGACGAAGACGAACGACCUGAUUUACCAUGGUGGAAGUGUAAAAAAUGGGCUUUGCACAUUCUGUACCGUAUGUUUGAAAGAUACGGUUCACCCGGACAUGUGACAAAGGAGUACAACGAAUUUUCGGAAUGGUACCUUCAGACAUUCAGUUCUGGUAUUCUUGAAGUACUUUUAAGAGUUCUAGAUGGAUAUCGUGGAGGACAUUGGGUUCCACCUAGGGUGCUGCAACAAACAUUAAAUUACCUCAAUCAAGCCGUGUCGCAUGGGCAUACUUGGAAAAUAUUGAAACCGCACAUGCCGGCAAUAAUACAGGACGUCUUGUUCCCUCUCAUGAGUUAUUCGGCAGAAGAUCAUGAACUGUGGACUGUUGACCCUCAUGAAUACAUUCGAGUGAAAUUUGACGUAUUUGAAGAUUUUGUAUCGCCGGUGACGGCAGCUCAAACUUUGUUGCACUCGUCGUGCAAGAAACGCAAAGAAAUGUUACAGAAGACGAUGGUAAUGCUCACGCAAAUUCUCACCAAUACCGCCACGGAGGCUGCUCAAAAGGACGGCGCUCUACACAUGGUCGGAUCUUUGGCUGAUAUACUUCUUAGGAAAAAGCUGUACAGAGACCAACUGGACCAGCUGUUCAUAAAAUACGUUUUCCCGGAAUUCAACAGCGACCGGGGACACAUGAGGGCGCGCGCCUGUUGGGUGCUGCACUACUUCGCCGAAUUCAGUUUCAAACAGGAUACCAUUUUGAUGGAGGCCAUCAAUUUGACGGUACGCGCGUUGCUCUUCGACAAGGAUCUACCCGUCAAAGUGGAGGCGGCCAUAGCUCUCCAAUCGUUACUCAAUUACCAGGACAGAGCGCAGAAGUACAUCGAGCCGCAAGUCAAACAAAUCGCUCUCGAAUUGCUUACCAUCAUUAGAGAAACCGAAAACGAGGACGUGACAGGUGUCAUGCAAAAAUUGGUGUGCGUCUACACUCCACAACUGGCGCCGAUCGCCGUCGAAAUUUGCCAGCACUUGGCGACGACGUUUAAUCAAGUAUUGGACACCGACGAGGGAUCUGACGAGAAAGCGAUCACGGCGAUGGGACUAUUGAACACCAUCGAGACCCUUUUGACAGUCAUGGACGAACAACCGGAGGUAAUGAGAUUAUUGGAACCGACGGUGCUGCAAGUGAUAGCGAACGUUUUGCAAAACGAGGUGCAGGAGUUCUACGAGGAGGUGUUGGCUUUGAUUUACGAUUUGACCAGCAAGCAGGUAUCGCCCGAUAUGUGGAAAGUUUUCGAAUUAUUAUACCAAGUAUUCAUGAAGAACGGCAUCGAUCACUUCACGGACAUGAUGCCGGCGCUACACAACUACAUAACGAUCGAUACGAACGCCUUCUUGUCGGACGAACAGCGGCUGUUGGCCAUCUACAACAUGUGCAAAGAAAUAUUAACCAAAGACUCGGGCGAGGAUCCAGAAUCGCACGCUGCCAAAUUGCUGGAGGUGGUGUUGUUGCAGUGUCGCAAGAAGAUCGAUCAGGCGGCGCCGAUGUUGAUCGAAUUGGCGGCGGCGCGACUUUUGAGAGAGGUGAAAACGAGCGAAUUGCGAACGAUGUGUUUGCAGGUGCUUAUCGCGGCGCUCUACUACGAUCCCCAAUUGCUCUUUACCGUGUUGUCAAAGAUGCCUGAUUUCACUAAUCACUUUAUCAAGCAGUGGUUGCACGACACGGAUUGCUUUUUAGGAAUUCACGAUAGAAAAUUGUGCGUAUUGGGCUUAUGCACGCUAAUUUCAAUGCCAAACAAACCCCCCGUACUGAUGGAGGUAGCACCCAAAGUAGUACCGGCCUUGAUACUGCUUUUUGAAGGCCUCAAGAGGGCGUAUGCGGCCAAAGCCGCUGAAGCGGCCGAAGAGGAAGAGAGCGAAAGUUCCGACGGAGAAAUUGAAGGAGAUAUCCUGAGUUCGGAUGAGGACGAAAUCGACGACCAGGGACAGGAUUAUUUGGAAAAUUUGUCGAAGAGGGCGACGAAUGCUUUGACCGCCCAGGGUAUUAACGCCAACGCCACCAUAAACGAUAUUAAUGAUAAUUCCGAAGACGAGGAUUCCGAUUUCGAACCAAAUGAAGAAACAGUUUUGGAAUCUUACACGACGCCCCUCGACGAAGAAGACUGUGAUGUAGAUGAAUAUCAAGCGUUCAAACAAAUUAUGACAGCGAUCCAGGGUCAGGAUCCGGAAUGGUACAAUGCGUUAACGACGAAUUUAUCCGAAAGUCAAUUGAAAACGCUGAGCGAGGUGUGCGUGUUGGCUGAGCAAAGGGCGGCAGCGAGAGAGAGCAAAAGGAUCGAACAGCAAGGAGGUUAUAUCUUCACCCAACAAGCAGUGCCAACUUCUUUCAAGUUCGGCGACGGAAAUUCAUGA